AUGGGCUCGGCACCUGCUAGCAAUCAUCGCGUGGGAUGUUAUGUCAAAAUUGAUGAAUCUCGCAAGCGGGACUUUAGCGGGAGUUUACGAUUCGGAAAAGUCACUGGUGUUUGUGCUGCCCUGCAGAGACACAACUACGAGUAUACCGUACAGAUUGACAGCGGGGAGACCGAGUGCGUGGAGGAGCAGUACUUACAGGGUCUCUAUUUACACGAGCUCGAUUGGGUGAGCCCUCAUUCACGUGAAGUCGCCGUUGGGGUCGAGACGCAUGGUGCCAAGAAAUUUGUGGCAGAGCUCAUCCGGCGAACGGCGGAUGGAGUGUUUCAGGUGCGAUUUCCCGACGGCUCCUUACUGGAAAACGUGCAGCUGAAGCAACUGAGCAAGCCCAAGGAUAGCGCCUUGCGCACGUCGCCCUCCAAGACGCCUCCAGAUUCGGAUUGGCUUCUGGACCGCAAGAUUCAGGCCAGGAUAGACGAUGUGUGGCCCAUAAGGCAGCGCAUCAAGGAUGCCCUGCGUCAACUUCAGACUCCUCGGCCAGUGACGAAUCCGAUCCUUCGUGGGCCAUUUGUUGGGAAGGAUGCAGCUGACUCGGAAGGCUACCAAGCCCAUCCUAGACCUGCAGAGCACCUUGUGGUGGACCGUGAGUUCGUAGACACCUGGGGCAAAUUUGCAGGGAAGGUCAAGUUUGCAUCCACCUUCAAGGUUGGCCCCGCCUAUCCCAGAAUGGAGGUGUGGGUGGAGCAGGUCGAUGCGGCAGAGCCAUUGUAUUUUCAUGCAGCGCUACCGGUUCACGCUGGCCUGAUUUGCUUGGGCAAGUACGAGGGCAACCCAGAAUGGAUCCGCUCGAGUGAUAUUGCUCUCUUGGGCAUCAUGAUCUAUGCUGACGGUAAGCUUUGCUCCAAGCUUGAAAACCCAGCGCUGGUCAAGCAUGGGGCGCAGAAGUACGGCCAUGACAGCUGCCACUAUGUGCCUGGCUGUACAUCCACAUACCUUGUUGACAUGGAUUGGAUAGGAGCUGUUUUCACUUUGGCGCCUUCAGACUCGGACUUUGAGGUACAAGACGAUAUUUAUAACAUCGUAACCUACCAUGAGAUUCUGGAGGAAGCGUCGAGCCAGCUUCAAGAGCAUGGCAACAUUUUAGCUUCCGAGCGGGCAGAAGUAACAGUGCAGGUGGACCUGGUAUUGACAACAAACUAUUUGGCAACUGUGCGACAGGUCUGCUGCGGCGCCGUGCGCGUGAUGUUGACCCAAAAAGGAAUGGACGUCUCGCGUAAACGUCUCAGGCACGUGUUGAAGCAUAGAUUUCGCUCACAAGCGGCGCUCUUCCCAAAGAGGCCCACGAAGGAUUUGUCGAAGCCACGCUUCGAGGAUGGUGUGGAAGAUAGACUCCAGAAGUAUUUGGACUCAACUCUUGGAUCCAAUUCCAAUGCCUUAACAAAUUAA